AUGGGGGAGCUGAAUGUGGGGUGUUCAAGUGAGCCGGAGACGGUUCCAUGGGAGACAAAAUGUGAAAAAGAGGUUGCAGAAGCAAGAGAUCAACUAAAUAAGGCAAGGGAAGAGAAAAGGAAACUUGAGGAAGAAAACAGAGAGGUUGAAGCAGAAGGAGUGAGGCAAGCGAGGAGGGAGAAAAAAGAGAGGGAUGAGGCGCAGAAACAGGCUGAAGAAGAAAAAAGAAAACAGAAGGAAAUGGCGGAGGCGCAGAGGCAGGCGGAAGAGAAAAGGAAAAAAAAAGGAGAAACCGACUGA